UGUCCAUUUCUUAAUGAAUUGUUUUUCUUCAUCAGCAGUACCUCAACUUCUGUUCUAGUCUCUCCCUCUACCACCACAGCAGCUUUGCAGAGAGAAAGCACAGUUUCUCAGAGCACACAGCCCAUCAGCAGGAUCCCUGAAGUGAAUUUCUGUGACCUUUUGCCUUGUGACAAGGUCUACUGUUGUCCAAUUCAUCAAGCAAAAGUCACAUCUCUAAGUUAUGAAAAAAACAAUGCAAAGGAAAAACGAAACAAAAGUGACAUGUUACCCAAAAAAGAUCCAGUCAAAAAACUUGGUGGAAGACCUGAUCUUGGAAAUGACUGGAUUGAUACAACAAUCAGUUCCAUACAGAUUUUGGAAACUCAGCAAAGCAUUGACAAUCGCUAUUGUAGUAAAAAUCUGCAGUGCAGCUCUGGAAACUACAACUAUGUUAUUCCUAUUAACAAAUACACACCCAUGGAUGUAGAAAUCUCACUGGAAAUAAACACCACAGAACCAUUAAUUAUAUUUCUUUGCAAAGUCACAUUUGGAAAUUAUUGCUCCCCUUAUUCUUCAAGCCAAAACAGUAGGAAGGAUUUUCAAGAAACCACACAGGGACGCCAGCACAUUUGGGCUCUCCCGGUAGCUCAGCUGUACGACAGCGCGUACUCGUUCCGCGUAGCCGUGCCGGGUUUUGCUAGCUGCUCAACAGACCGUUACUUUGCUGGAAUGUUUUUUACUGAUUAUUACUUCUACUUCUAUCGGCAGUGUAACUAAAAUGUUGCCAAAUGUUCUGUUCUUUGAGGAAAAGAUGAGGAAACACUUAAAAUGAAAAAGAGACUUACAA